AUGGCCCAAGAGUUGAGCCAGGAGGCCCUGCUGGAUUUCCUGUGCCAGGCCGGGGGGAGAGUGACCAACGCCGCCCUGCUGAGCCACUUCAAGAGCUUCCUGCGGGACCCCGACGCGCCCCCCGGCCAGCAGCAGCGCCGCCGCGAGCUCUUCAAGGGCUUCGUCAACUCGGUCGCCUCAGUGCGCCAGGACCCCGACGGCACCAAGUACGUGGUGCUCAAGAGGAGGUACAGGGACCUUGUGGGGGAGGAGGAGCUGCAGCGACCCCGAGACCCGCCCGCGCCCGCCCCUGCAGGGGGGGCUGCGUCCUGCGCCCCGCAAGGCGCGCGCGGGGGAGAGCGGCGGCGGCGGCGCGAGCAGGAGCCCGAGGAGGAGCCCGCGGGGGCCGCCGCGCAGGCCCCGCGCUCAGGUGGCGGCGGACGCGCCCCGGAGGCGGCCCCGGCGGGCGGCGGGCGUGGGGGCGGCUCCGGCCACUGGCCGGGCUCGAGGUGCGCCGCGGCGGAGGCCCGGGGCCGCUGCUGCCGGGAAUGCCUGCAGAACGGCCUGGAGGGGCCGCCGGGCGAGCCGGUGCUCGGAGCAGCCCCGGGCCCCAGCCCCGCCGGGGAGCAGCCGGCGCGCGGCCCGCCGGCCCGCGGCCCGCCGGCCCGGGACGAUCGCGGGGCUCCGGGGCAGCAGCAGGAGGGCGCGUCCGCUGAGCGCGGCCCGGGGUCCGCAGCGCCCUGCUCGCCUCCUGCAGCUGUCGAGGCUGCCGGGAGCCGGGCUUCCCCGCCGACCCCCCUGUCCCGCCCGGUUUCCCCCGGAGACCCGCCGGAGCUGUUGACCCCGGACUCGCACGACUCCACCCAGCAGCAGCAGCGGCAGCGCACCUGGGAGUGGGUGGCCAGACACCCCCAGAUACCCGAGGCCCGGGACCGCGGCCCCACUCGAGCCUGGUCGGUGCUGCCGGACAGCUUCCUCCAGCUACCCACGGGGCUGAGCCUCUGGGUCCGGGAACUUGACUCGGAGCCUCCAGACCCCGCUCUUGCGCCUCCUCCCGUCCUUCCUGUCGUCCCGGAGCCCCGUCCCGAGAGCCCUCCGCGGGAGGUCUUCCGCAGCAUUCGUUGUCAGCUGUCCCUCCAAGACCUGGAUGACUUUGUGGACCAAGAAAGCCACGGCAGCGAGGAGAGCAGCAGUGGGCCCAAAGAGUCUCCCGAGGGUUCCGAAGAGGGGCUGCAGGUUGCUCUGGGAACCCCAGACUGGAGAAAGUUCAGGAAUGCAGCUGGAAGCCUUUCUCCCAAGGAGGGAAGUCCCAGCAAGAGCCUUCAGGGCCUCAGGAGCAGAGGCGAUGGUCACUGCUCUCAGCAGGGCUCAACGGAGGCUAACGGCCUUGCAGGCCACCCCCAGGAGUCUUUGCCCUGGCCAGCUCCCAAGUUCAGGAGAUCCCUCAGGAGGAGCUCUCAGGCAGGGAGAGCCAAACUGUCUUCUUCCGAUGAGGAGCAUCUUGAGCAGGACUUGCUGAAAAGGACCCGUCGCCCACCACGGUCCAGGAGACCCUCCAAGGCAGGAGGAGGGCCCAGCCCAAGAGUGGAUGCUGCUUUGAUACCCAAACCUGUGGGCAAUAAGGCCUCUGUUGCUGAGCGCAGUCGGCCACACACCCCCUGGGCCCGGGCUGGGGAGGAGUCUGCAGCCACGGUCCCGCACAGACCUUCUGAGCACAAGUCAUCUGUGGUCCCCCUGGACGCCAGGGAGCACGAAUGGAUUGUGAAGCUUGCCAGUGGCUCUUGGAUUCAGGUGUUGACUUUGUUUUGGGAGGACCCUCAGCUGGCUCUGCACAGAGACUUCCUGACGGGGUACACGGCCUUGCACUGGAUGGCCAAACACGGGGACCUCGGAGCGCUCCAGGACUUCGUCUCCAGCACUCGGAAAGCAGGGAUUGCCCUUGAUGUCAAUGUGAAGUCUGGUUGUGGGUACACCCCUCUACACCUUGCAGCCAUCCAUGGUCACCAGGGGGUCAUCAAAUUGCUAGUGCAAAGGUUGGCCUCUCGGGUGAACAUCCGGGACAGCAGCGGGAAGAAGCCAUGGCAGUAUCUGGCCAGUAAUACCUCUGGGGAGAUAUGGCAGCUCCUGGAAGCCCCUCGGGGCAGGCCCAUUUUUCCGGCGUAUCCUUUAGUCCAAAGCUCUUCCCCCACCAGGAAGGCCAAGAGCCGGGAAAUAUCUAGAAAUAUCACCCGGAAGACUUCCUUUGCCGCACUCCUCAAAAAUCAGCACAGCAAAUGGAAGUUGGCCAACCAGUAUGAGAAAUUCCCCAGUCCAAGGGAAAGAGAAGAGUAUAGCGACUGA